AUGAAAUCAGUGUGGGCAACAGUCACCGACCAAAGGUUUAGUCUUGCCUAAUUCAAGCCUGUUGUCAUUUGCUCUUUGCGUCAUCUUGCUGUAGUUGCACAAAGAGACUGGAUUCAGCACCAACUGAUCUUUGAAAACACAGAAGCCAAGAAUGGACUCAAAGCAGCUCCUGAUUCUGCUCCUCGUGCUGACUGUCUGUCCGAGGGCAACGUCAGAAUUACAGCCUCCCUGUCCGUACACAUGUCACUGUUUCACCACGAGCCAGAUUCUGUGUGCAGAAGAACGGAUGGCAUCUCUGCCCAGUAACAUGUCCAAGCAGGUCAAGGAGUUUAUUGUCAUGACAUCAUCUGUAGCAUAUCUGUUCCCGAACAGUCUCGAUGGAUGCCCCCAGCUCACCAAGCUAGUCUUCUUAAACAACGCUUUGCGAAGUAUCCACGUUCGAGCAUUUGAGAAUCUGACUGAGCUGCAGGAGCUGGAGAUCAGCGGGAACCCUUCGCUGGAUAAUUUGCUUCUUGGGACUUUUUCGAGACAGAGAAAUUUGACCAAACUGCUCCUCAAUUUUAACAAAUUUAAGACGGUGCUGCCUGGUAUGUUUGACGGAUUGAAACAACUGAAAACUCUGCAGUUGAAGGGAAACAUCAUAUCCCACCUGCCGGAAUUUCUUUUCUUCAACCUCGGCAACCUCGAGAUCCUGGACUUGUCUCAAAAUAAGCUUGAACAGGUAAAAACAGACACCUUUGCUGGUCUUUCGAAACUGGAGAUCCUAAAAUUAAAUUACAACUUCAUUAGCAAUAUUUCAUUUGAUAUCUUCCACAAUGUUUCUCGGCUGACGGAGCUUAACCUGGAAGGAAAUAAGAUAUCGGAACUCCCCGACGGUGUCUUCUCUGCGUUGACAAACUUAACUGUGUUGAACCUGCGAGGAAACCGUCUGAGAACCUUCAGUGAUAAAGUGUUUGAUUUGAAUGUUCCUAAUUUGUUAGAAUUGAACCUUAAAGGGAACAGACUAGCUGAACUGUCCUCUCUAAGCAGCCUUUUGUCUCUCACUGACCUUAUACUGUCCUCGAACCAUCUUUCAUACCUUCCCGAGGACACCUUUACAAACCUGACCUUGUUGGAGAACCUGGACCUGUCUGAAAACCAGCUCACAUUCCUCCCUGAGGGAAUAUUUAAUGGUCUGUUGACUUUAAAAACCCUUCACCUCCAGACCAACAACUUAACCAAUGUGCCACCCAACCUGUUAGUGGACCAGGAGCUGGUGCAGCAGCUCUACUUGUCCAACAACCAGCUCGAAACCAUCCCCUCGGGCCUCUUUGACACUUUUCUCCUGGAGCACACCGUCAGGCUUCACGGGAACCCCUGGAAAUGCGACUGCCGCAUGUGGUACCUGCACGACUGGGUUCGGAGAAACAGCCGAGAAGUGCAGAUGCUGGACAGGGUUUUCUGCUUGAGCCCAGAUUUUUUACGGGGACGAACAGUCGUUUCGGUUGACCAGAUCCAGCUGGUGUGUCCAGUGUCUACACACCUACCGCCUGAUGUGAGCCACUGCAGCCUCCAAACCUUCAACGACACCAUGAUCAUGAAAUGUAACGUGGACCAAUGUUCUCCUCUGACGGUGAAGCUGCAGUUUGAGGAAGAGGGUAAAAUUGUCAAGGAACAUGUUUUUAAAAAUGAACCUGAACUCUCUCGGUGUAGAAAUGACACGAGGGGAGAAAAGGACAGGCUUUAGUCCACUCUCUUCACCACUAGAACACAGCUUUGAACAUUUCCUGUCUUUUCCACUACAUUCAGUCAAUACUGUAAAUACUCAGCUGUUAUGUUACGCAACGUAUGUCUGCAGGAGGAUGAGACGGAGGUGAAUGAACUGUCUUCUGGGGGAUGUUUAAAGUUCAAUAUCCACACCAACAACAGGCUAACGUUAAAGCUUCACUCUAAAUGUAAAUGUCUGAAGAAGUUAAUCAUUGGAUGAUUUCAAUUUUGGGCCCUGGUGCUGUGUGGUGGUUUGUUCACCUGCAGUGAUGCUGCCCUCUGCUGGUGUUAUCUCUUCCGCAUCAGCUCACAAAAGGAGAGUAACUGUUAUAAAUUAUAAGCAUUGAGAUGAAA